AUGUCAAUUGACUUCGAAAACUUAACUGCUAAACAAGGAUAUCCACUCUGGGAACAAACUCCUGAAGAACUUGCUCAAAUUGCUGAUCAAUUGAUCAAUCAAGAAAAGACUCUUUUUGAUGAAAUUGCUAAAAUUGAAAAUCCAACUUUAGACAAUGUAUUGAAACCUUUUGCUAGAUUCAAUAAUGAGAAUCGAUUCAAGGAACUGCAAGUUACCUUUUAUCAAUAUGUAUCUACCAAUAAAGAUUUACGUGAUGCUUCUACUAAGGCUGAAACAUUGAUGGAUGAAAAAUCAAUUGAACAAUGGUCAAGGCCUGAAGUUUUCCAAGUUUUUCAAAAAUUGUAUAAUUCAGUUAGAGAAACUGGAAUUGACCCAGAAACUAAAAGAUAUUUAGAUAAGACUGUUACUGCUUUUAAGAGAAAUGGUUUAGCUUUACCUCCUGCUACUAGAGAUGAAAUUAAAAAAUUGAAGGUUGAGUUGAGUAACUUAGGUGUUCAAUUUGCUAAGAAUUUGAAUGAAGAGAAAGGAUUUGUAACCUUCACUAAGGAAGAAUUGGAUGGUGUUCCAGAAGAUGUUAUUGGUCAAUAUGCGAAAACUGAAGAAGAUGGUCAAGACAAAUUGAAGGUUACUUUCAAAUAUCCUGAUAUUUUGCCAUUGUUGAAGCAUGCUCACAAGGGUGAAACCAGAAAGAAGGCGUAUAUUGCUUACAACAAUAGAUGUUCUGAAAAUGGUCCUCUUUUGGAAAGAAUCAUCAAGAUAAGAUAUGAAUUAGGUCAAUUGCUUGAGUAUGAUACUUAUUCCGACUUCGUUUUGGAAGAAAGAAUGGCCAAGAAAAAGGAAACUGUCUUAAACUUCUUGACUGAUUUAAGAACUAAGUUAACUCCAGUUGCUGAAAAAGAAUUGGAAGAAUUGAAGAAGUUAAAGAAUGACCAUUUAGUUUCCCGUGGAUUAGAACCAGAAGAUAAACUUUACGCCUGGGAUUCAGCUUAUUACAAUGAGUUAUUAUUAGAAAAGAAGUAUAACGUCGAUCAUCUCAAGAUUGCCGAAUACUUCCCAUUAGAAUCAACUGUUAACAAAAUGCUUGGAUUUUAUGAAACUAUUCUCGAUAUCAAAUUUGUCAAAAUUGAGAAACCAGCAAAGGGAUCCACUUGGCACGAAGAUGUUCAAAUGUUUGCUGUUUAUAAGAACAUCAAGCAUGGCUCACCACGUUCAGAAUUUAUGGGCUGGCUCUAUUUUGAUUUACAUCCAAGAGAAGGUAAAUACGGACAUGCUGCCAAUUUUGGAUUAGGUCCAGGAUAUUUAGAAGAAGAUGGUACUACUCGUCAUACUCCAGUUACUGCUUUAGUUUGUAAUUUUACAAAGCCAACUCCAGAUAAGCCAUCAUUAUUGAAACAUGAUGAAGUUACUACUUUCUUCCAUGAAUUAGGACAUGGAAUUCAUAAUAUUUUAGCUCAGACUAAGUAUUCUAGGUUCCAUGGUACUAAUGUCGAACGUGAUUUUGUUGAAACGCCAUCUCAAAUGUUGGAAUAUUGGACCUGGUCUAAGGAUGAAAUCAAAGGAUUAUCCUCCCACUAUAAGACUGGGGAACAAAUUGAUGAUGAGUUAGUUGAUCAAUUAGUAAAGACUAAACAUGUCAAUACUGGUAUUUUCAACUUACGUCAAUUAUUUUUUGGUAUUUUUGACAUGCAAGUUCAUACUAUUAAGAAUAAAUCUGAAUUGGAUGCUUUGGAUUUAUUCAAGAAAUGGAAUGAUUUAAGAGAAGAAAUCACCUUGAUUAGUAGUGAUAAUAACCCAACUAGGGGAUAUUCUUCCUUUGGCCAUAUUGCUGGAGGUUAUGAAAGUGGAUAUUAUGGUUAUUUGUAUUCGUUGGUUUAUGCCGCAGAUAUUUAUUAUACUCUUUUCAAGAAGGAUCCAAUGAAUGUUGAGAGUGGUAUUAGAUACAGAGAUAUUAUUUUAACUAGAGGUGGAUCUAGAGAUAGUAUUGAUAAUUUGGAAGAAUUACUUGGAAGAAAACCAAAUUCUGAUGCUUUCCUUCAAGAAAUCUUUGGUUAA